CCCACUCGAUAGAUUAUCUUGAAUUUGAGAUCUCACAUCAUCAGUGUAUCAUUGAAGAAGCUAUGGCUCCUAGUGGCAAAUUGGAGAUUGAAAUUGAGAUCAAGUCUCCUGCGACUGAGUUCUUCCAGUUCUUCACCAAGCAACUUCAUAAUCUUUCCAACACCACUAGUUGUGUCCAUGCAGGAGAGCUUCAUGAAGGAGAUGACUGGCACGCCAUUGGAUCUUCUAAGCGCUGGACUUAUACUGUUGACGGGAAGGUGGUGACAUGCAAGGAGAGAUUUGAAGAGCUUGAUAAAGAGAACAAAUCAGUGAAAGUGGAGUUAUUCGAAGGAGAUGUUAAGAAAGAAUACAAGAGUUUUAAGUUCAUAUUGAAAGCAACAGAGAAAGAGGGAGGUGGUGGCAUUGCAACGUGGAGCUUCUUUUAUGAGAAGAUCCAUGAAGGAAUCCCAGAUCCCAUAGGCUACUUGGACUUGGCAGCCACCAUGACAAAAGAUGUUGAUGCUCAUCUUCUUCUCAGCGCUCAAAAGGGAAAGUGAACCAGAACGAACGAAUGAGAUUAAUGAGUAAACUAAAUUAUUAAAGAAUAAGGUUGUCUGUGUGCUGUUGAUUGAGAGCUUAUAUGUAUUAUUGUGUCGUCUGAUGUCAAAAGUGUGUGAUGAACUAUGAAGAAUAAGGUCUGUGUUGUUGAUUUCAUGCAUUGGGCAAUCAUGUGUCUCAAGUGUGUUUGAAUUCUACUAUGAACGAUUGACGGUUUUAAGAUUUACGGAAGUAAUGCUUUUAUCAUGUAUUUAUUCGUUGGUUGUUGAAAUAUAUGGAUACAUAAGUGGUAUUGAAUCUUCAUAUGUUAAA